AUGGGCACACCUUUGAAAUCUUUACAAGCGCUGUUAUCUCCUAGAGCUUUGUCCCCUCUAUCGCCUCUAUCGCCAAAAUUGCUAUCGGCGCCAAAAAAAUUCGAUAACUUCUUAAAAGUCUCUUCCGGAGAGGCAAAGAGGAUUUGCCAUGUUGCCAAGAGAUUGGAAUUUUCUCAGUAUUCCAGUUCGAAACAAUUUGAAGAACCCAUACAAAUAAAAAUCUCAGAUUACACAGACGUUAACAGAGAAUUAAUAGCAACAAAAGAUGUUGUUAUAAAUACACCGAACAAGAAGAAUAUUUUUGAAAAUGGUAUAGACGGGAAUCACAACCACACCUUGUUAGGUGUAGGAUCGUUUGGGAGAGUCAUAAGAGGCAUACACAAAGGAGAUAUAGUGGCAGUUAAAGUAGUGAAAAAUGCAUCCAUUUUGGGCGAAAGAAACGUUUUAGAUUUAAACCACGAGAAUAUCGUAAGGACACUAGAUAUAAUAGAGGACCCGGAAAGUAACUUCUCCUUGAUAAUCAUGGAAUAUUUCCCAAAUUCCAGGCAACUCCAGACCUUGCUGGAAUAUGAUAAUUACGAAAUCGAAGCUAGAAUGAUAAGUUUUGCCAUGGAUAUUUGCAACGGGUUAGAUUUUGUUCAUGGAAAAGGCGUUCUUCACUUAGACAUAAAACCGCAGAACAUCCUGGUGGCUGGAAACGUGUGCAAAAUCUGCGAUUUUGGAAAUUCUGUGCUGGUAACAGAAACAGAAAAAUUUAACCAUCAAGGUACGGUUGUUUACACUGCUCCAGAGCUAUUACAAGGGAAAACGCCUACUGAGAAAUGCGAUGUUUAUUCCUUGGGAAUAGUUUUGUGGCAACUGAAAUCCAGGAUUUCUCCAUAUUGUGGAAUAGACAAUGUAGAAACUGUAAUAUAUAAGGUAGGGGAGACAAGAGUUAGUUAA